GUAAUUCUGCAGCAUGCACUGACAAGACCGGCAUGCCCCAUCGUGGAGCCCGUUGCUCCCGCUGCCUCUGUUGCUACAGCUCCGCCAGCAGCUUUCGAGGUGGCCACUGCAGAGGUUCCCGCGGCCACUGCAGCGAGAUCUCCGGUGUGUGUGGGGCCGAGAUUGAUUCUACACGUGGGACCACACAAGACCGGAACGACGGCCUUUCAGGAGUUUCUCAUCAAGCACGCCGACUGGCUCAAGGAGGAGUUUGGUGUAACUGUGGGCUUUCGCGAAGCCAAGGAAGGUGCAGGAAAGCUGAACCACAUCAUGAGCAAGUACCGGCAACUGAAGGGGAUCAUACAUUCCAAGGCUGAGAUCUUGAAGAGGUUGGAAGUCGCAGUCCGCUUCACAAAGGCGGACUUGCAGCGAUCUUCCUUGGUACUGGUCUCUGCCGAAGGAUACAGCCAGUUCGAUGCUGAGAUGUGGACAUUCUUCAAGACACUGUUUGACGCAGAUGUGUGCUUCUCUGUAGUCGCUCUUCACCGGGAGCCCACAUCCUGGAUAGCAUCCAUGUGGGUGCAGAUCAGCAAGAUGAGCAGUACGAACCUGCAAACCUGGAAGUCUUUUCUUGCAGCAAUCGCUGGAGCGGCAACUCCAGAUGAGCAUGGGGACACCGACCUUCAGUUGCAGCUUCUGAACACACUGACCGCGCAGUUCCCUGAUGCAGUCGAUGCAGCAUCCUACGAAUACCUGAAGGAGGUGAACUGCAGCAUUGCAGCCUACGUCAUUUGCAACGCCACUCUCCGCCGGACAGGGCAGUCAUGGGUCAACUGCAGAGAUACCCUGAAUGGCAAGUCGGCGAAGAGCAAAAACACGUCGCCGCCCCAUGCAGCUGUGGAUGUGACAAUUCUGGCGAGGAACUUCUACCUCGCGAAGCAGGCGAUGAAUGCGACAGCCUGUAAAAAGCCCUGGCCCGACUUCACAGCUGGCUCCGAAGGGGCAGUGAUCCCUUCUGAGCCGGCAGUGAUGGAGGUUGCCAAGCAGAUGCCCUUAGUUUGCGAAGACAUGGACGGUCUCUUUGAGCCCCAGACAGCUGCAUGGUUCGCGCGUACCGCUGCACAGAGGCCACAGCGUGGCUCGCAGCCCAUCUGCACGGUGGAUAUUGCACGCCUCGCGCCAACCCACUGGCAGUUGAUCGGCAAGUUGGUACGGGAUUGCUACUGA